UUACCAGGCCUCCUAAACACUACAUAGAGAUCUUGUGGGUCUAAUAAUUUGCAUUGAAAUGAUUCACUUCUCAGAUAGAAAAUGGCUACGAAGCUGAUAAGCGUCAGAAUUGACCUCUGAAAUUCAAAGCGGAAUCGAAUGGCAACGUCGAAACUUCGCAACCUUGACUUUGGAAUCAAGUUAACAAGCAAAAUUUUGAAAAACUCGAAUUCAUUUGCAAAGUUAACACUCGCGAAUACUCGCGUUUUAUCAACUUCUAGCUACCUUGAGAAAGCAUCGACAACAAUGACAUCAGAUUCUAGUGGAUCAACUACAGGUCUUGGUCAUAAGAAGACAUUUGGAAACCCUUUGGUUACGCCCUAUUUGAGUCCCAGCGUAUGGACAGAUAUAGUGGGCUUGACGAUUAAGCACAAAGCGUGUAAUUUGGGUCAGGGUUUCCCGGACUAUCCUCCUCCGGCAGCGGCGAAAGAAGCAUUACUGAAAGCGACUGAAAAUGAUUUCCUUCAUCAGUAUACGAGGGGUUACGGACAUCCUAGAUUGGUGAAUGCUAUUGCUGCCUUGUACGGAAAAGACAUGGAGAGAUCCAUAGACAGUUUCUCCGAGGUGUUGGUAACCACCGGUGCCUACGAGGCACUCUACUCUAUAUUAGUAUCCCUGCUGGGUCCUGGAGAUGAGGCCAUCAUUCUGGAACCCUUUUUUGACUGCUAUGACGUCAUGGUCGGAAUGUCAGGAGCGAAACCGGUUUAUGUACCACUUGAACCCCCGUCUAAAGAUCAGAAAGGACCAGACGGGAUUAUUAAAGCGAACGACUGGAAACUCAACCUAGAAAAGCUUGAAGCUGCUUUCACAGAUAAAACAAAACUCAUCCUGAUCAACACUCCAAACAACCCUCUCGGAAAAGUGUUCUCGAGAUCAGAACUAGAAGCGGUGGCAGAGUUAUGUAAGAAACAUGACGUCAUCUGUGUUAGUGACGAGGUGUACGAGUGGAUGGUGUAUGAACAAGGAUUUAGUCACGUGAGGAUUGCCACUUUGCCCGACAUGUGGGAACGGACUCUGACUGUGUGUAGUGCGGGAAAGACAUUCAACACUACAGGGUGGAAGUUGGGCUGGACAAUUGGACCAAAUGAGUUGCUCAAGUAUGCGAUGGGCUUACACCAGACCACAGUUUACACUAAUGCCACUCUGCUGCAGGAGGCUGUGGCCGCGGGACUGGAACACGAGCUUUCCCUGAUGGGUAGUGAUGAGUCAUAUUUCACGUGGAUCAAGUGGAAACUGAAGGAAUCUCGUGACAUGCUGGUUGAGUCUUUGAAGGAGGUGGGAUUCGAACCUCAUCUGCCACAAGGGGGCUACUUCGUCAUGGCCGAAUACUCUGACUUGCCGAUCAGUCUACCAGACACAGACUCGAAUGACACGAGUGCAAUGGACUUUAAAAUUGUUUACUGGCUAAUCAAGGAAAAGAAACUGACUGCGAUUCCAGUGUCUGCGUUCUACAGCAAGGAUCACAAGCACAUAGGAGAGAAGUACCUCCGCUUCUGCUUCAUCAAAGACAAAAAGACACUUGACACUGCUGCCCAGAUACUGAAACAGUGGAAGGCAGAGAUGUGAACCAAAUCCGAAACAAGUAGACAGUAUAAAUAGAGAAACAGACAAAUGUAUGUUUUGAAAACAACUUAUAAACUAUAAUCAGUAGUGCUGCUACCUUCAAAUUCCACACCCCGCCCUAACACAACACUAACCCCCUCCUCGCUGUAUUGAUAGGCAACCUCACGAGAAAGUUGGAUACAACGUCAGCAAAAGAUCGGCUUCUCCCACCUUCAAUUUUUCAGAAGUUUAAAUGCUUGUUCAGUUUCUCCGAUUGUUAUGAAAAUUGACAUGAGGACUG